CAUCAAAAGAUGAUCUUUAUCGACGAAUAGGUGGGCGUUGUUCUACAAACAAUAUGAAAGUUGUUUUCAAAGUGUGUUGUGCGCCCGAGGAGAAGAAUAAAACCACAACAGUUGCUAGUAGCAGCAUUGGUACAUCCUUAAGCGGUAGCAGUAGUGCAAGUGGUUUCGGAAUCAAUAUCAACUCAGCCGAUGGCAGUGGAAAGACCACUAGUAUUGAAAAUUCGGCCAAUAUAGACAUUGUCAAUACUCAGGCUAAUAUAAAUCAACAUAUGAAUAGCAUAAAUACAAUCGGCAUAAAUGGUGUCAACACGGGCUUAAUGCCAAUCGGUGGUGUGAAUAUAGGCGUUAGUAGCGGCAUUGGCACCAACAAUGGUGGUAUGCAGAUGAAAGCGAUGAACGGCGCUAGCGGAACAUCAAUCAAUACAAAUAUUGAUCAAUUUAAUCGUAUACCAAUUCAAGACGGCGGCGUUAAUGCUAUGGGAAAUAAUAUUGGUGGCCUUGGUGGUCAUGGCAGCGGUAGCAUUAUACUAACACCUGGCGGUCAUGGGGGCAUAAAUAUGAUUUCCAGUGGUGGAAGUAUUGGCAUUGGACAAUAUCCUGGCCAUCCCGGCCAGACUGGUAUACGCAUUAAUAAUGUCGCGUCACAGCAACAUCAUGCAACGCAUAAAAAUAAUAACUAUAAUGGUAAGGAUGCCAGAACGGGCGGUGUUGGUGUUAGCGCUGGUGGUGGUGCGUUUAUGAAUAUAAAUUUCGGUGAUGCCAAGUUUCUAUCACCAUUUGUUAACACAAAUCAUAGCAAUAUUGUUCAGAGUACAAUUAACUGGCCAGGAUGGGGUAGAGGCGGAACCGUACAUUCUAAAAAUCAUAAUAUAACUACUACUACAAGAAACGAUCAUAAUAUUAAUGAGCUAAAUAAUAAUUAUUAUUCACCGUCCCAUAAACCGAUUACCAAUAAAGCAAAAAAUAAAAGUAUCAAAUAUUCGCACAUGUAUUGAAAUAGAUUGCGAUAUGCCUAGAUCGUUAUUCCAUCGUUGAUAUCGAAAUCAUCAUGUAAAAUAGUUAAUUGUCUCAGUUGUUCUUGUUGUAGCAGCAUAAACAUUGCCCAUACAUGGACGGGGAAUGCUGCUGGCGUGACAGUCCUUGACCGGAUAUAAAUCCGGGUCGUUCCGGUAAUGUAGAACCGACUGUCAUGGGAACGAUUGUCUCUCGAUUAAUGUGGUUUCAUGCCUGUCGGUAUUUAGUUUUUACCUCGCUUAGAGCUUAUCGACUACAAGAAACGAUCAUAAUAUAAAUGAGCUAAAUAAUAAUUAUUAUUCACCGUCCCAUAAACCGAUUACCAAUAAAGCAAAAAAUAAAAGUAAGUAAAACAACAAAGCGAUAAGAUACAACAAACCAUUCACUGGAAGAAAAUGCCUUACCCUAUAAAUCUAAAUUCAAAAAUACUGAAUGCAUAUAUACAUGCUUAAAGCCUAAAAAUUCAUUUAUUAUUACAUUUUUUUUAUUUUGGCUACAUUGCGUUGUUGCUCUAAGUUUAUUUUUAUAUUAUUACCAAACCUUUGCUGAAAUUGGUAAGCAGAUUAUAUAAAUAAUAUAUUUAAUAUAACAUUUGCAGGUAUCAAAUAUUCGCACAUGUAUUGAAAUAGAUUGCGAUAUGCCUAGAUCGUUAUUCCAUCGUUGACAUCGAAAUCAUCAUGUAAAAUAGUUAAUUGUCUCAGUUGUUCUUGUUGUAGCAGCAUAAACAUUGCCCAUACAUGGACGGGGAAUGCUGCUGGCGUGACAGUCCUUGACCGGAUAUAAAUCCGGGUCGUUCCGGUAAUGUAGAACCGACUGUCAUGGGAACGAUUGUCUCUCGAUUAAUGUGGUUUCAUGCCUGUCGGUAUUUAGUUUUUACCUCGUUUAGAGCUUAUCGACCAAUCGUAAUGACAAAUUUCCGCGACUAUCGGUUCUAUCUACCGGAAUGACUCCAGGGUUGCUGCAUCUUCUGGUCAGAGCUGGCGUUGAGUCCAACUUCAAAUUAGACAAAUAUUUCUUCUGCGUUUAUCAGAUAGGUCUCUCUCCGAUGCAUCUUCUUGGCAUCCUAAGAUGUGCUCUUGUUUUAAGACAGACGGAGAAUGGAGCAUCCGUGACCCAUUGUUACUCAUGUCCAAUGCCGCCAUCUUAAGUGCAUGUAUUCUACGUAAUACGCAAUCUGCGAAAGGGUAUUUAAGAACUCCCACAGCAACUUAUAAACUCCCAUUUAUAGUAUCAUAGGCUUAUAUCUU